AUGGGCGUCUCGGAAACUUUACAAUGGCAAACACGCCAGGAUGGCCUGGAGAACCUCGUGUUAGCCAGAGCUCCCAUCUCAACCCUUCAAGACGGGGAAGUCCUUGUGGAGAUCAGAGCCGUGUCGCUCAACUAUCGCGAUCUUGAAGUUGCUCAAGGGCUGUAUAAUCAUCACAAGGCUAUUGAGUCUGGUCAGCCAGAUGCGCUGGUCCCUUGUUCCGAUAUGUGCGGUGUCGUUGUCGCGGUUGGCGAAGGAGUCGCAUGGAACAUCGGUGACCGCGUCGUUUCAACGUGGAACCAGGGACACUUUACCGGGAGCAUCAACCCCGAUAUCAUGAAGACGGGUCUCGGUCUGCCACUGGACGGAAUUUUACAGUCCCAUCGAAUCUUCCAGGCAGAUGCUCUUCUCAGGGCGCCGAAGUACAUGUCAGAUGAAGAGGCGUCAUGCUUGACGAUUGCCGCUGUCACAGCUUGGAUGGCAAUCAACCAGUUUCGACCCCUUGGUCAGCCGGGAGGAAAGGGAGAAAUCGUUCUUCUGCAGGGCACAGGCGGAGUGAGUAUCAGCGGUUUGCAAAUAGCCCAUGCGGCGGGUGCUACCACGAUAAUCACAUCAUCUUCGGACUCCAAGCUGGCACGGGCAAAGACUCUCGGGGCCGAUCACGUCAUCAACUACAGAGAUGUACCCAACUGGGAUGAUGAGGUGAUGAAAAUCUCAAACAAUGACGGAGCCGACAUCAUCUUCGAGACUGGUGGUGCCAAGACUGUCCGAAAGUCUUUCAACUCUGUUGCUUACGGUGGAAUGAUUGCAUGCAUUGGCUAUGUUUCUGGGAAACAAGAUGAUGCUAACGACAGGACCAACGUCAAUGUCCUUGCGCUGUCGCGUACCGUCACUCUCAAGGGCAUCAUCAAUGGGCCAAAGGAUCGCUUUGAAGAAAUGCUCCGAUUUUAUGAGCAGCAUGAGAUCCAUCCUGUCAUUGAUCGUGUCUUUCGUUUUGAGGAUGGUAGAGAUGCCUUCGCAUAUCUUGAGGGAGGCUCGCAUUUUGGCAAAGUUGUCAUUAAGGUGAAGAGCUAG